AAAAAAGAGAGAACUUUGGAGGUUGCGGAUUAUUUUACUUCACCUUAAUUCCCUGACAAAGAGUCCUUAUUUCAGCAUCUUUAGUCUGUAGAUUCCAUUUUAUUUUUAUUUUAUUGUUGAUCAAAGGAAGGUAUUCUUGCCUGUCAUUGUAUAAGAAGAAAGUUAAAAAAGAAGCUCAAAAAAUUGUGGGUUCUCUAUGGCUUCUGCUUCUCUUCUUUUUGCGGCCACUGGUUUGAGUUCAGCGGCUCGGGUGAAGUCUCCAAGGCUCUUUGUGAAGUCUUCUUUAGACAGCAAUGUUUCUGACAUGAGUAUUGAUGCUCCAAAGGGGUUGUUUCCACCUGAACCUGAACAUUAUAGGGGACCGAAGCUGAAGGUGGCUAUUAUAGGAGCCGGCCUCGCAGGAAUGUCAACAGCGGUUGAGCUACUGGAUCAAGGCCAUGAGGUUGAUAUAUACGAGUCGAGGCCUUUCAUAGGAGGCAAAGUUGGUUCUUUUGUUGAUAGAAGAGGAAAUCACAUUGAGAUGGGGCUGCAUGUUUUCUUUGGUUGCUACAACAAUCUAUUCCGUUUGAUGAAAAAGGUGGGUGCCGAUAAAAAUCUGCUUGUGAAAGAUCAUACUCACACAUUUGUAAACAAAGGGGGUGAAAUUGGUGAACUUGAUUUUAGAUUUCCGAUCGGAGCUCCUAUACACGGGAUUCGUGCGUUUUUAGCGACAAAUCAGCUGAAGACUUACGAUAAGGCAAGAAAUGCUUUGGCUCUUGCCCUAAGUCCAGUCGUUAGGGCUCUUAUUGAUCCAGAUGGAGCAAUGAGGGAUAUAAGAGAUCUGGAUAAUAUUAGCUUCUCGGAUUGGUUUUUUAUGAAAGGUGGUACACGCAUGAGUAUCCAGAGAAUGUGGGAUCCAGUUGCUUAUGCAUUGGGAUUUAUUGACUGUGAUAACAUCAGUGCUCGAUGUAUGCUCACGAUUUUCUCCCUGUUUGCCACCAAGACAGAGGCUUCCCUUCUGCGUAUGCUGAAGGGUUCUCCAGAUGUUUACUUGAGUGGUCCGAUCAGAAAUUAUAUUACGGAAAAAGGAGGCAGGUUCCAUCUAAGGUGGGGAUGCAGAGAGAUACUAUAUGAUAAUUCUGCUGACGGAGAGACAUACGUUAGCGGACUUGCCAUGUCUAAAGCUACUAACAAGAAACUUGUAACAGCUGAUGCUUAUGUAGCUGCAUGCGAUGUCCCUGGAAUAAAAAGGCUACUUCCAUCCGAGUGGAGAGAAUCAGAAUUUUUCAAUAACAUUUACGAGCUCGUAGGAGUUCCAGUUGUUACCGUGCAACUUCGAUACGAUGGCUGGGUCACAGAGUUGCGGGAUCUGCAACUGUCAAGGCAAUCGAGGGAAGCUAUAGGCCUCAAUAAUCUUCUGUAUACUCCAGAUGCAGAUUUCUCCUGCUUUGCAGACCUAGCUCUAACUUCUCCAGAAGAUUACUACAUCGAAGGACAAGGUUCAUUGCUCCAAUGUGUCUUGACACCCGGAGACCCAUACAUGCCACUGCCAAACGAUGAAAUCAUAAAGAGAGUAGCAAAGCAGGUUUUGGCUCUAUUCCCAUCAUCCCAAGGUUUAGAAGUUGUUUGGUCAUCUGUAGUGAAGAUCGGGCAAUCUCUAUACCGUGAAGGGCCUGGUAAAGAUCCAUUCCGACCUGAUCAGAAGACACCCGUAAAGAACUUCUUUCUUGCCGGGUCGUACACAAAGCAGGAUUAUAUAGAUAGUAUGGAAGGAGCAACUUUGUCUGGCAGGCAAGCAUCUGCCUAUAUAUGUAAUGCCGGGGAAGACUUAGCAGCCCUGCGGAAGAAACUUGCAGCAGUUCCGUCUCAAGAACAGAUGGAACCUUCAAGUGUUACUGAUGAGUUAAGUCUUGUAUGAUUGUUUAUUUAUAUAGUAAUAUACUCAGACCAUCUCCAAUGACUGAGACAAGGCGGUGAUAGUUACCGGAUGUGCCUCUAUUCAACAUGUUUGAACAUUUAUGUAAUCAAAAUAAGUUAGAAAAUUACUUUUA